UUUCUUUAUUUUUUCCACUUAUCAUUGCUUUUUAUAAAUUUGCAGUUGUCUUUAAUCUUUAUCAACGAAAAUCUCUCUUCUGAAAUAAUCAGUGCACCCACUGCACGUUUUCUGUAUAUCUCUUCCUUCUCCAUGAGGGGACCUCAGUUCCAAGUCUCCAAAGCAUGACUCUUGGUCUCUGACACCACUCUCUCUCUCUCUCUCUCUCUCUCUCUCUCUCUCUACACUCUUCAAGCUUGCAAGCCUAACCUUUGUCCUUAAUUUUGUUGGUAACAAAUUUCCAGCAUAAACAAUCUUAAUGGAGUCGAUGUGCACCUAAUCCAACAAAACCCACUUCCCUAAAUCCUCAUAUUCCAUCAAAUAUUUCUUCAAUUUAGUGUUAGAAACACCCCAAAGCUCCAAACUUUAAUGUCUGAAUGCUCUGUUCUUUGCUUUCCGGCAGAGUUUCAGCUUCUGGGUUUUUGAACUUUUAACCUCGGAACAUGUCCCAAGUCGACUUAGAGCAAGGGCCCCACCGCCGCUCCUUCUCCGGAAGCGCCGACGGCGGAAGCAGCGUCUGCUUCUCCGACGCAGACGACGGGUCGUGUUACACUCAGUUCUUCUCGACCAAUGGCGGCUCCUACGACGAGUACAAUUUUGCGUCUCAGAUCGGCGUGGUGUCGGAUUCCCGGAGAGCCUCGUCUGUUUCGGACAGUUCGGUCGAGGUUGUCGAAAUUGAGAUUGGUGUGCCGGAAAUUAAGGUGCAUUUGGAUAGAGUAGAGAGAGAUUGUCGGAUUUGUCAUCUGGGUUUGGAGAGUAACAGCCACGAAUCCGGGGCUCCGAUUGAAUUGGGUUGUUCUUGCAAGGAUGAUUUGGCUGCUGCCCACAAGAACUGUGCUGAUACGUGGUUCAAGAUUAAGGGCAACAAGACCUGUGAGAUAUGCCAGGCAGUUGCACGCAACGUCGUUGGGCCAAAUGACAUUGAGUUCACAGAGCAGUCGAACGAAUCCAGUACUGCCUCAGCAACAGCUUCAGUUGCCGCCCCAGGGCCGUCCACAGAAACUCAAAGUUUCUGGCACGGUCACCGCUUCCUCAACUUCCUUCUUGCCUGCAUGGUAUUUGCUUUUGUCAUAUCAUGGCUCUUUCACUUCAACGUUCCGUCGUGAAAUCCCGAGCAAAGUGUUGAGAAAAUUGGAUAAUCAAAAGGAAGAAAACAAGUGUAAAAGAAAGCUGCAGCGUUCAUAUAGAUUAGUAGUAAUACAUCAUAUGUUCCCUCAUGCCCACUUCUCUAGAGUGCUUCUUGUUCAUAAGUCGCAGCGUUUAUCUGGUCUUCUCUUCAAGGCUUUUUACGUGUCAAAAAAUGGGUAUCCCUCGAUCCUAACCCGAAAUAUAAUUAUAUAAAAUAUAUAUUUCUUUUU